AUGAAACAAGUUAAGAAAGACCCUGUCAGAAACAGAGUGGCUGUUGAAACAGGGACUUUUGAUUAUAGUGUGACUUCUCGCAAUGAAACUGGUAAGUUACAUAAGUGAUAUCUAAAUCAAGGUGGGAGAUAGUCGUAAAAUUUGAAAAAAGUAUGAAAAUUCAAAUAAAAAAUGCAAACUCGGACUUACGGAAUUUAUCUACACUCGCCAAUUUCUAAUGCGGUAGGAUUACGGUAUCUUUUUGCUUACAGCUCGGACGCAGCUCGGAAAAUCCUAAAUUUUCUUUUUUUCGCGAAAAAAUUUCGUUUUAUCCUUUCUUCUUUGAGUCAUAUAGAUCCAUGAAGAUCAAGGUGUACAAUGCUCAGUUUCAGUUGUCUAUGCAGUAGAACAUCAGUUUUUACUAUUUUUUAUAUUAUUCAUACUUGGUUUUUUCAGAAACUCAUGGUUUGGAAGAACAACGCGCCGAAAGGUUGGUCCAUUAUUACAAGGAGAAGAUCCAGCGACAGUUGAGUGAGUACAAUAAACUGCGGAACGAGGAGAUCCAUUUUUCCGCUGAGUACGAAGAGCUGACCGAGGCGUAAGUUAUAUAACAAGUUCAUGUGUUAUUAUUUUUAGUGUGGCGCAAUAAAACGUCUUGUUUUGUAGAUCCGGACUACUGGAUCAAUUGUUGUCUCAAUUGUCAAAUGAGGCGCGGCAAGGGGCUCAGAAAGACCACUUUUUGCACAGCAUGUUCAAUGAGAUGAUGGAGAAGGAGAAUCCGGAGGUGAAAAUGACCGGAGAAUACCUGAAGAAGAGCGCGCCGGUAACAAGCGAGCUGUUCGAGACUUUAAUGGUGACCUCUGGGACUGAGAAGAAUGCUUUGGAGGUAAGAGGUUAUAAAAUUUUUGUUUUAUUUUUAGAAUCUGACGGAUAUUGAGUCCAGCUUCCGCGGCACGUUGGAGCCGCUGGUAAAGCAACGUUCAGUGUUGAAUGAGAAGCUGAUUGGCCUCAGAGAGUCGUACGAUCAUUCGCAGGAGAAGAAACGGACCUUGUUUGAUGAUAGAGCCAAAGCUUUGAAUGAAGUGGACGCAUUGAAGUUGGAGUUGGAAUUUUUGCAAGUAGAGAGUGUAAAACUUGGUUAG